CACUGAAGUCCAGUGUAUUAUAGUACUCCAGGACAAAGAACACUCCCAGAGUGGGGAUGACAAAUCCCGUCUGCUGACUUCACAACAAACAUGUUUGAGUCAGGGUAAACCUAAUGAAGGAGGGGCUUCUAGGUUUAACUAUUGCUCAGGGAAGUAGUCUGGUGCUGGAGGGUAAUAACAUCCCUGCACAGUUCUGUAUUUAAAAUCCCAACAUUAUAUACAUCUUUCCCCUGCCAGAAAAUCUUGCUGCUUGCUGCUUCUUCUCGCGAGUUUUCAGAUCCAGCACCAAAAUGUCAGACUACAAACCAUCCAGCUCUUCACAGCAGCCAGAACGUCAUGAAGAAAACAUACAGUGUGUAAAUGUUCUAAUUGUGGGUGCUGGAAGUCGUGGAAAAUGUUAUUCACAGUAUGCAGUAUAUUUCCCCAACCGAAUGAAGGUGGUUGGUGUUGCUGAUCCCCGCUCAUGCACAAGAGAUGACUUUAAAACAACACACAGUAUUGAUGAUGAUAAAAUAUUUGAAGACUGGAGAGACGCAGCAGCCAAAGAAAAGUUUGCUGAGGCGGUUAUAAUUGCAACCCCAGAUAGACUGCAUAAGGAUCCAGCAGUAGCAUUUGCUAGAAAACAAUACCAUAUAUUACUGGAAAAGCCCAUGGCAGUUACCCCUGAAGACUGUUCAGAAAUUGUAUCAGUGUGCAAGGAGAAUGGAGUCAUGCUUUUAGUGGGACAUGUCAUGCGCUAUCAUCCUGUCUCACAGGAGAUAAAGGCAUUGGUAGACGCUGGAGUUAUUGGAGAUAUUGUGCACAUUCAACAUUUGGAACCUGUGGGGCACUGGCAUUUUGCUCAUUCUUUUGUUAGAGGAAAUUGGCGAAAAGAAGAGGAGAGCACAUUCUCACUGCUUGCCAAGUCAUGCCAUGAUAUUGAUCUAAUAUGCUUCUGGACUGGAAAGAAAAGAUGCGUGAAAGUCUCUUCUUUUGGGACUCUGUCCCAUUUUACUAAGGAAAAUAAGCCCAAAGAUGCCAGCAGUUGCUGUAUGGAUUGUUCAGUUGAAGAAAAGUGUCCGUUUUCUGCAAAGAAGAUUUAUCUCAAGACAGCGGAGCAGGGUUAUUUUAUGUGGCCAGUAUCUGUGGUAUGCAGUAAUGGUGUUUAUGACAUUGAAUCACUGACAGAAGCAUUAAAGACCGGUCCAUAUGGGAGAUGCGUUUACGAAUGUGACAAUGAUGUUGUCUCCAACCAGGUUGUUAAUAUGGAGUUUGAGGGCGGGGUGACUGCUGCAUUUACUAUGAUGGCCUUCACACAAGCUCUAGGAGUGAGAAAUACCACUAUCUAUGGAUCUAAGGGAGAAUUAAAUUGUCGGGGAAAUGGACCAAUUCGAGUAUUUGAUUUUCUCACCAGGAAGGAGACAGAGUAUCCCGCUCCGAAGCCUGCCUUUAUCCCAAUGGGAUUGACGGCGCACAGUGGAGCUGACUAUUACAUCAUGGAGAGCUUCAUUUCGGCGGUUGCUAACGAUGAUCCUUCCCGUAUCCUUUCUGGCCCAGAUGAAACCCUUAGAAGUCACCUGCUGGUGUUUGAGGCUGAGAGAUCAAGAAAGGAGAGCAAAGUGGUGCAUCUAGCCAAAUAACAAGCCGGAAUGAAUAGGAAACCUUAUUUAAAUGUAUUACAGGAAUUCUCACGGUAGUUAUGUAUGUUUUAUAUACUUGAUUUUAUAAUUAAUGUAAUCAUUCCCAAUAAACAAUUGUUCUCUUA